UCACUUUGCUUUACAAACACAGAAACAAAACGCAUCUUCUUCUUCAUAUAGUAAAGUGAAAAAGAAAAAUCACUGAUCAAACAAAGAAACUAAAUUAUCUAUAAUGGAAGCACCGCCACCACCACCACCACCAGCAGCCGCAUUAGUAAGCGGAGUCAUUUUAGACGAGUCCGUUUUAUUAGACAACAAUUCUGAAACCGCCACUCUCCGAUCACCGGCUCUGUCCCUCCUCCGUAAACUCCGCCAUUCCAACCUCCCUCACCUGGGGAUUUCAUAUUCAUCAUCUCUGUCUCACGAUAAGGUGAGCUUGCUUAAAAACACAGCAACUCAAUACUCAAUUGAUUGCUUUAUUUUGGACGGCUCUACUUGGACUUGGAGUGAUCAUAAUGAAGGGAGUGUUUUAUACGUCGUUACUAAGAGCAGCAAGGAUACAUUUAAUCUUUUUAACAAAUUGAAUUGGAUCAUCAUUGCUGUUGAUGCUAAGGGUGCUGUUGCUGAUCCUUAUGAUAAUUUGAAGACGCUGGGUAUUAGUAGAGUGGAAGAGUUGUAUUCUACUAUUUGUUGCUUAAAUAAAAAGGCAAUCGGCAAGGAUGUUGUGACAGUUGGUUAUAUCAUGAAGCCUUCCCGAGAAGAAGAUUUUGCAAAGAGGGGUGCAUUCCCCCUGUCUCCUACUCCAAAUGGAUUAAUGUUUAUGCCUCUCACAUUUGAACUGCCUCUACCAUCUCAACUGCAAUAUGUUGACAUAAUUCUACAUAAAGCAACAGAUGAAAUACUCUCUCUUGAAUUAAACAGCUCUACAGAAUUCGCAAAGAGCAUUACGUAUACCACAGGCAUGCAAGAAUUAAAAAGAUACAUGGAGCAUCACGCCAGCUGUUUCGUGAUCGACCCGCUUGAGAAAAUAUACCCUGUAUUGGAUCGGCUAAAAAUUCAACAAAUUCUUCUUGGGCUGGAGGAUCUCCAUACAGAAGGUCACCUUACAAUCAGAGGACCCCAUUUCCUAAAGGUUGAUGAUUUUAAUGAGCCAGAUUUGAUUCGGAGGUUGUCAGAAGCUAAACUGUCUCUUCCAAGUAUAGUCAAACCUCAGAUUGCAUGUGGGGUAGCUGAUGCCCACAGUAUGGCAAUUGUCUUUAGGGUUGAAGAUUUUAAGGAUUUAAGUGUUCCUCUUCCAGCAAUUGUUCAGGAAUAUGUAGAUCAUUCAUCGACCUUGUUCAAGAUAUAUGUCUUGGGUGAGAAAGUUUUCUAUGCUGUUAAAAAGUCUACGCCAAAUAUUGAUAUCUUGAUAAAAUCUUCUGAAUCAAAUGGGAUUGGACCUUUACUAUUUGACAGCUUAAAAUCUCUUCCUACUAGCACUGAGAAUUCUCUUUCAGCGACUCAUCAAUUUGAUUUUGCUCUAGUCACUGAUGCUGCAAAGUGGCUUGCAAGAAAACUUGAUCUUACAGUAUUCGGUUUUGAUAUUGUUGUAGAGGAACACACUCAUGACCAUGUGAUUGUGGAUGUAAAUUAUCUGCCAUCAUUCAAGGAAGUACCCGAUGAUGUGUCCAUUCCCGCCUUUUGGGAUGCAAUCAAAAACAAGUUUGAAUCAAGACGAGACAAGAAAUAGGUAUAUUUUUAUUGAUCAUUGGUCAUUGAUCUCGACAUGAAUUGAAACUACUAAACUUUUAUGAGUUCCAUUUUCCUUAGUUUCCUGGUUACACUAUUGAAACAAAUUCUACAUUCGCUAUUUCUGUUAGUACUAUCUUAAUAAUUAAUUAUUCAGAAGUGUGUAAUGGUAGGAGUUCUUCCAUCUUAUCACAUGUAGGCAUUGAUAUCACUACACUAGAACAAGAACACAGACAUUGCAAUCAAGAAUGUACAUUAGUUA